CCUUCCCUCACCUCUCCUCGUUAACACAGGUGAGUAUGGGUGCUCUGAGGAAGUGCUGUCGAUCACUGCCAUGCUUCAAGUGCAGAAUGUUUUCGUCGAGCCGAGAGGACAGCGACACUUGGCCAGGGUCAAACACAGGGAUUUCCAGGUUGAGGAGGGAGACACAAUCACCCUUCUCAAUGUCUUCAAGAGCUACUUACGGAAUGGCCAGAGCUCAAAAUGGUGCGGAAAAUAUUUCCUCAAUGCCCGGGCGCUGCGUCGUGCUGCCGAGAUCCGCGGCCGCAUGGAGAAACUCUUGGUGCAAUGUGAGGUGCCCGUGGUAUCUGCUGGUCGUGACGUCCGUGCUGUCCGCCGCUGCCUCACUGCCGGGCUCUUCGUCAAUGCCGCGUUCCUCCACCCCUCAGGCACCUACCGAUCCCUCAGGGGGGGCGGUGGAGGAGGUGGUGGAGGGGGGGCUGGUCCACUUCCCCUCCACAUUCACCCCUCCUCUGUCCUGUACACCACCACCCAGCCACAGUGGGUCCUGUACAGUGAGGUCCUACACACGGGUCAGGCCUACAUGCGCGACCUGACUGUGAUUGACCCGGACUGGCUGACCGAACUUGCUCCGCACUACUAUGAGAAGGCAACCGUUGGGGACUUGUAGUGGGGGUCAGAACCUGUUUAGAACCUGUGUAUAACCUGUAUUAAAGUUUGUAUGGAA